CUCAUCUCUUAAACAGUCUCAUUUCAUUGCUUUUCUCUUUGAUUUUUUUUUCUUAUAUUACCCUUUCAUUUUUGCUGUAAAAAAUGGUGACUAUUUGCAUUGGCAAAGUUGGUCAAGCAAAGGGGCAAAAGAUUCAGCUCGAUGCUAAUGAAUUGGUAUCAAAUGAUGAAUUUGCAUUGCCUGAAAAGAAUGCUUUUGGAAACUCAUUUAGGGAUUAUGAAACAGAUAAUGGGAGAAAAGACAUUGUCGAGCAACACUACAAAUCAAGUCAUAUUAACCAAACCUAUGAGUUUGUGAAGCAAAUGAGGGAAGAAUAUAUGAAGCUUGAUAAAGCUGAAAUGGGGAUAUGGGAAUGUUGUGAACUACUCAAUGAAAUUGUUGAUGAGAGUGAUCCUGAUUUAGAUGAACCCCAAAUUCAACAUUUGUUGCAAAGUGCUGAAGCAAUUAGAAAAGAUUAUCCUAAUGAAAAUUGGUUACAUUUGACUGCUCUUAUCCAUGAUCUCGGAAAAAUCUUGGUUCUUCCAAAAUUUGGAGGGCUACCACAAUGGGCUGUUGUUGGUGAUACAUUCCCUGUGGGAUGUGCAUUUGAUGAGAGCAAUGUUCAUCACAAGUAUUUUAAGGAAAACCCUGAUUUCAACAAUCCAAAGUAUAAUACCAGAAAUGGAGUUUACAUUGAAGGAUGUGGACUAGACAAUGUGCUUAUGUCAUGGGGGCAUGAUGAUUAUAUGUACAUGGUUGCGAAGGAGAAUGGAACCACAUUGCCUUCUGCCGGAUUGUUCAUCGUCCGAUACCAUUCGUUCUAUCCAUUGCAUAAGUAUGGAGCUUAUUCUCAGCUCAUGAAUAAAGAGGAUAAAGAGAACUUCAAAUGGCUUAAAGUAUUCAACAAAUAUGACCUUUAUAGUAAAAGCAAAGUCUUGGUUGAUGUUGAGAAGGUCAAGCCAUAUUAUGAAUCCCUCAUUGCAAAAUAUUUUCCAGCAAAGCUGAAAUGGUAAAAAGCUUCAAAGGCUCAAAACACAGCUGAUAAAUUUAUUAGGAUCUUAAUGCCAUUUUCAUAUGUUUUUUUUUUUAUAUAUUUUUAGUGUGAAUAAAGGACUUGUUUUGUUUAUUAGUAAUAAAGAUCCUUGAAUUAUUAUUGUCAAAUUUGCU